AAGCACUUUUAAUUUUAAUUUGUUUUAUUUGCAUGCCGUACUUAAACACAACCACAGUGAGACUUUAGACUUAGACUUUAGAGGGCUUUUUGUUGUUGCCGUGGUUGCUCAUAUUAAGCAUGAUUAAUGACCCAGAAAUGGUUCUCUUAUUGAUGGUGUCAGAAGUAGGAUCACAGAAAUGAACUCACCAAUUUGGCCAUGAAAGAUGCAACCUUUCUUGGAAAAUAUGUGCUUUUUACAUCCUCUUUAAGAUCAAGAGGAGGGGCUUGUGUUACUAUGGCAACCAUCACUGCAUCAAACUGCAAAGUUUUUUAAUAUAGCACACCCUGCUACUGUAAUGUAACAAGGAACUGUGGUUCUCUAAAUUUAGACACUUGUCAGCUACAGUAAAUACUGAUGACAACAUAGUGACACCCACCCGUCCAUCCACCCACCCACUCAUUCAGGAAGCCCCCCCCUGUGCCGUGGAGUGUACCCACUUGGUUCACACCACCAUCUAGGUUCUUUUGCCACCUCCUGUACCCCGACAGGUGCACCAACAGACCCCUCUCCAAGGUCCUUAAGAGCAGGUGCAGCCAUGUCGCUGUUCUCCACCAUGACGACCAGGGAGCGGAAACUUCAGGCCGAAGCCAUCUGUAGGGAGGUGCAAGCCCUGGAAGACACGACCCUGGCCGUGAAUACUUUUAUGGCCCAAUGUAAGCAAUCCCUUUGUCGUCUUGACUACGCUAUUUGAGGCGAGGACAACUGCUGUCUGGCAAUGGAGGACACACUGACAGCUGAGAGAUACUUGUUACCACACUUAAGUAUGUGGAGAUGGAUCUGGGCAAGAAGGUGAGCGUGCCAAAGGACAUCAUGCUGGAGGAACUGUCCCUUGCCUCCAACCGAGGAACCCGCCUCUUUAAGAUGCGGCAGAGACGUUCAGAAAAAUACACCUAUGAAAGCGUCCAGAAUAACAACAACACACACAUGAAUAACACAGUGGACUCUCAAGCUGAUAGUUCCACACGGGAUGAUGAUACUGAGAAGCAGGCCUGCACAGUUGAUAUCACUGAAACAGUUCCACAUCCAGACAGUAUCGCCCCUGGGUACGGAGGUCCUUUAAAAGAUGUCCCACCAGAAAAGUUCAACAGUACGGCCGUCCCAAAGUCCUACCACUCACCGUGGGAACAGGCGAUCAUCAGCGACCCAGUCUUAGCUGAGACUCUCAUAACCCACAUAUCAGAGCCGGAAGCACCAACAAACCGACCAGGCUACAAAAGUUUCAAUCGGGUGGCGACUCCCUUUGGUGGCUUCUCCAAGGCACCCCACCCUGCCCCCAUAAAGAGGCCAAACGUUGAGCCCACCCUGCCCGAAUACCCCGAGCUCAAAGAUGACUCUGCGCCAUGUCGCCCCUCCUUUAACAGGUCUGCCCUAGGGUGGGUGUCCACAGAUGCGCCAAUCACCCUUUCCACUACCGUUUGCCAGCUCCCUGAGUCGGAUGACCUUUGAACCUGUCAUGCUGUAACUGAUGUUGGGUUGGUGAAAAAAAAAUCUAUUAUACAGUGGUGUAUAAUAAUCUCCAAUGUUUUUGUUUUUGCUCAAUAAAAUUGGGUCAAAUGCAACGUUUCCCAGUCCACCUCACUUUCCUCCACUCCACUUUCCUCCAUUCCAUUCCACUCAACUUCACUUUACUCCUCUUCAUUCUACUUCACUCCAUUUCCCUCCACUUCCAUUUUAGUACACUUCACUCCUCUUCGUUUUACUCCAUUCCGCUUUACUCCACCUGAAAUGGGGUGGACUGGGACAAAAAUUUGGCCUUGGACUUUUUAUGGCCCCUUUGUACAAACGGACGCACAGCUGCUAUUGCAAGAUUUGGAAAAUAAUUACAGAUUAUGGGAAAAUUUAAGGCACAUCAUCCAACACAACAUUAUACUCAAAAACAUUCAAUCAGUCAGUCUGUCAUAGAUAUUUUUUAAUGGCCACAUAUUAGCCUAGUGGGUUAGCAUGUCGGCCUCACGGUCAGCCGAUUGGAUGCCCACAUGGGAAUGUGGGUGGUUGAAAAAAAAUUGCUUCCACACUGUGUCGGAUUAGUAAGUCUUUGCAACCAGACAGAAUUGGAUCACUGGGCGAAAAGGAUGGAAUACACAAGGCACACCUACGUGUGGCGCUGUAAACAGACCAUGUGACACACCAAACGAUAGAAGAAGAAAGAAGGGAUGUUGUCUUUCACUUCUUCCAGACAUACUACAAAGUGGACUUUGUAGUAUGUGUGACAUUUUGGAAUAUAAUACAACUAAAUAUCAGGACAAUGUCAACUGGGGUGAGUCAUGCCAGUCCAAAUAUUGAGAUAUUACGUUGGUGUUGUCAUAGCUCACUUGUUGUCAUAGCUGGUGUUUUCAGAUUUUCUCACUCUGGAAGCCUUUUUAAAAAAAAAUCAAGUUUCAGGACACGACAUUAAUGACUGAAACAAUAAAAUACUGUUUUGACUUGAAAAUGUUUCCGUGUGGAUAGCACCGAAGGAUCCGAAUCGCUGUUGAAACAUCUGUGUGUGGAGUUCUCCCUGUGGGUUGCGUGGGUUUUCUCCAGGUAGUUCCGGCUUCCUCCCACAUUCCAAAAACAUGUUAGACGGAUUAGAGACUGUCAAAUUAGGUAUGAAUGUGAGUCGAAUGAUUGUUUAAAAUUAAUAUCCUAUUUUAGUUGUACUCAGCAGUCGUUUGCUCCUCGAGUCAGAAUAUGUGUGUCAGAUGGACCGCCAUGCUGUGCUGCUUAGAUCAGGUGGUAAUAAAUAUUAUAUGUAGCAUUCUGGUCACUAGGCAUU